AUGAAAGGCUCUGCGAAUACAGACAACACAGAGAAGCAGGAAAAGUCCAGUGAAACCCAGACCUUGGUUCAAGACGUGACGAUGGCAACAAUGCUGCUGUCUCUCCUUUGUGCCUUCACAGUUCUCUCAUUUUCCUCUGCGUGUUACAUCCAGAACUGCCCUAGAGGAGGGAAGCGCUCAUUUCCAGACACCAUCCCCAGGCAGUGUAUGGCAUGCGGUCCCGAAGAUAAGGGCCGGUGUUUCGGCCCCAGUAUCUGCUGUGCAGAAGGACUGGGCUGUGUGAUCGGAUCUCCAGCGAUGGCUCGCUGUUUGGAGGAAGAUUAUCUGCUCUCGCCGUGUGAGGCUGGAGGAAAACAGUGUGGACCUGAUGAGGGUCGCUGCGCUGCACCUGGGGUUUGCUGCGACUCAGAUGGCUGUACUCUGGAUUCAGACUGUGCAGAGGGGAGUGAACCCGAAGAUGUGGCUGAAAGGAAGAGCUUCCUGGGCGGAUCACAGGGAGAAUUGCUGUUGCACAUCCUCCAUCCUGGCAGGGCACGCAGUCCAUACUAA